AUGUGUACGCAUCCUACGUUUUACUUUGGACGUCUCCGCCCGUACUAUCAGUACGAGCCCGUUUUGAGAGGCGAAGAACACCUCCGCGGUCAAGGACCGAGACCACCUUCGAUUGGUCCCGUUUCAACGUUCCAGUCUGGUCGCCUAGCGAAGCGACCUGCUCACGCAGUUCAGCGAGGUCGUGACGAGCUGCAGUCAGCUCGUCACGAAGAGAACGAAUCGAACGUUCGUUCUCAAGUUACGCAAAAGCAAACACGGCGCGAUUGUUCGAACGAUCCUGAUCCAAACCUCGAGCCGGAUCAGGUGUUCCCGCCACCACCACAUCCUUUGGAUUAUUCUGGCGGUGAUCAACGCUUUCUGGUGGAGCGUAUCUUGAACCACCGCGACGUGAAUGGCGUCCGGAAGAAUUGCCUCGUUCGCUGGUGUGGCUAUCCACCGACCUGGGACAGCUGGGAGCCUCGUGCCCAGCUGAUUGUUGGUGUUUCGGGUCUGGUCGAGCAAUAUGACGCGACCCACACGCUGCGUUCGAAGAAGGGCUAUCGGAAAACGACCUCCCCGAACGUGAGCACAGGGUUUGCAAGGUGUCAAUCCCUUCGUCCAUCUAAGUAG